AUGAAUCGUGUUUAUGAAAGUGGUGCUGCAAAAAAACGAAAAGCGAAAGAAGAACAAAAGAAAAUAGAGAAGUUACCAAAAAUUACUGGAUUUUUAAAACAAGAUGACAUUACUAGCAAAAAUGAUGAAACGCCAAAAGGUACCGCUGAUUUACAGGAAAAUGUUAUUCAAAACGAAUCAGUCGAUUUGAAUCCUUCAGAACAGUCGGAAUUAUCAGUAGCUACACAAGUUCUUAUAAAUCAUAGAACAGAAGAGGAGGCAGCAUUGAGAAGCACGUCAGAAAAAAUUGAAAGUUAUUCGACUGAUAUUGCGUUAUGGGGCGAAAUCAACGAGAAGUUACGAUUAUACUGGUUGCAAAAAAAUCCAGGUUUAUGCAGCAAUAAGGAUAAAGAUUUCUCAAAAUCUGCACGGAUUUACCAAGAAGGAGAUAAACAAAAAGUGAGAACUCUAAACAAAUCAUUAUUUCAAUUGAAACUACAAAAUAAUGAAAUAGUAGAGCAGCGAAUUACGGGGCAUGAGCAAAGCAAAGCUCAUAAACAAACUUUAACUAUUUAUUCUAAACGGAGAAGAGAAACUAGUAGUUUAGAAAAUGCAUUAACGAUUCAACAAAAAAAUGAGAAAAAUUAUUGGAUUCAAGUAUUACGUCGAAUAACUGACACUAUAAAGUUUCUUGCUUCACGAGGUCUCGCUUUUCGAGGGGAGAACGAACGAUUCGGAUCUAGUCAAAAUGGCAAUUACUUAGGUAUUUUAGAAUUACUGAGCGAAUAUGACCCUUUCCUUAAAGAGCACAUUAAUACCUACGGAAAUAAAGGACAUGGAGUAACAUCAUACUUAUCAGCUAAUAUUUGUGAGGAAUUUAUAGGCCUUAUGGGGGAAAAAGUUCUUGCUUGCAUUAUAAGUGAGUUGAAGAAGGCAAAAUAUUAUUCUUUUUCUGUGGAUUCUACGCCGGACAUCACUCAUCUAGAUCAAUUAACGUUCACCGUGCGCUACGUUACUGAUCAGGGGCCUAUCGAACGUUUUUUAAUGUUCGUUCCUAUAGAAGGUCAUAAUGCCGAAUAUUUAACAGAGGUUGUAGUCAAAUUUUUUAAAGAUAAUGAUAUUGAUAUAAAUGACUGUAGAGGUCAAUCUUAUGACAACGCAUCGAAUAUGUCUGGACGCUAUUCAGGACUGCAAACCAGGAUAAGGGAAAUCAAUAAGAACGAAAAAAAAGUCGUUAAAUCUUUAUCCGCUACUCGAUGGUCAGCCCGAGCUGAUGCAAUCAUCGCUCUUUUCACAGGUCAUACAGAUAUUACGAAAGCUCUAGAUGAUUUAUCAAAGGAUGAUACGCAGUCUAACGAGACUAGACUUGAAGCUAAGACCAUUUUAAAGCAAAUUACAAAAUUUGAAAAUGUCUUUAUAAAUGUGGUAUGGCACGAAAUCUUGACACGUAUUAAUGAUACAUCUAAAAAUUUACAAAAAGAAAAUAUGGAUUUGUAUAUAGCAUGCAGUCUUUUAAAUUCCUUAGAAUUGUAUUUAUUGGAUAUCAGGGAUAAAUUCGAUGAGAUUUUAGAAAAAGCAAAAAGCUUUACUGAUAUCUGCGAAAGUGAAUCUACAUCUGAGCCAAGAAAUCGAAGAAGAAGCGUAAAACUUACUCGCUUUGAAGGAGAGAGUGAACAUACACAAUUUACUGGAGAUGAAAAGCUCAAAAUAGAGAUUUUUUAUCCGAUAAUCGAUUCACUUUGUUCCAAUUUGAAAACCAGAAAAACUGCUUACGAAACGGUGAAUGAUAACUUCAAGUUUUUUACUGCUCUACCAAACAUGACAUACGAAGGAAUAAAAGAAUGCUGCGAAAAGCUUGCCAGAAAAUAUGAUCAAGACAUUUCUGCAGAAAAUUUAAUAUCAGAAUGUUUACAUUAUAAACAUUAUCUUCGUGAUACACGAAAGAACGAAGAAUUAUUUAUUCCUGAUCUAUACUUGCAACUGAAGAAAGAAUUUCUGACGUCUACAUUCCCAAAUAUUGAAAUAAGUCUCCGAAUAUUCCUUACCCUAAUGAUCACCAAUUGUGCUGGUGAACGAUCAUUUUCUAGAUUAAAGUUGAUAAAAUCCGAUCAUCGAAGCACAAUGUCACAGUCACGAUUGAAUCAUCUAAGUUUAAUGAGUAUAGAAUCGGACUUAUUAAAAUCGAUUGAUUUUGAUGAACUCAUAUCUAAUUUUGCUGCGAAGAAAUCGAGAAAAAAAGUUUUUUAA